GGCGGCGGUGGAGGCGGCGGGCGGGUUUGGCAUCAUGAGUCAAUUUAAUUUUGGCACAUCCGGUACCACCGGAGGCGGCUUCAACUUCGGCACUGCCAAGCCAGCAACAACCACGGCCACGACGGGAUUUUCCUUCUCCACCCCGGGGACCGGAGGAGGGUUCAGUUUCGGCACCCCCUCCCAAACUCCUGCAAAUACCCAAUCCACCAGCCUGUUCUCCCUCCCCACCCCAGCUGCAGCCACCUCCACCCCAGGAUUCAGCUUUGGAACACCGGCCGCCACGACCCCAGCCCCGGCGGCAACCGGGUUUUCUUUGGGGGUAAAUACGCCAAAGCUGAACUUGGGGACCACCAGUACUACUCAGUCCACAGGAAUCACCGGGGGCUUCGGGCUGGGCAGCAGCACGCUCGCAAACUCCGUGCCCAGCGGCGUCCCAACGAGCCAGGCGGCGGCACCCGCCAGCUUUGGUUUCGGCACCACCACCGCCGCCGCCGCCGCCACCACCGUGGCCCCCGCCCAGCCCACGGCCUCCACGGGAUUCUCCUUCACCAGCGGAGGUGCAACUCAGACUGGGACCACGGGUUUUAACAUCAGCUCGAUAGGGAACGCGGCCCAGCCGACGGCACUCACGGGCUUAACCUUUGCUGCGGCUGCCCCGGCGUCCACUUCGGCCCCUUCCACCACGCCAGCCCUCGCCUUCAACCUGGGAGGGCAGUCCACAGGAUUUGGAAUAUUGGCCUCUACAGCGACUGCCGCUGCCCCCACAGGAACCCUGACGACGAUCGCUGGCCAGGGAGCUGGCUUGACUUUUGGAGCUAAACUCCCAGGUUUGACUCCAGCUACCACCAGUUCUACCACCACUUCUGGGCCCACACUGUUUGCUUCCAUAACAAGCUCUUCCACUCCGGCCUCCACUUCUGCCACGAGUCUCUCCCUGGGCGCCCCGUCAACGACAACAGCCGGAGCAUCUGGUCUUGGGACUUUGGGAUUUGGAUUAAAGGUUCCCGGAAUGACGGCCACGACAAGCUCCACCGCCUCAAGUACGUCUUCGGCUCCCAACACAGGCUUUGCCUUGAACCUGAAGCCUCUGACGACGUCUGGCACGGCCACCUCCGUAUCUUCCACGGGCCCUUCCGUACCGUCAGCUGCUCCCACCGCCACCAGUACAACCCCAGUGAUGACCUAUGCCCAGCUGGAGAGUCUGAUAAACAAAUGGAGCCUUGAACUGGAGGACCAGGAGAAACACUUCCUGCACCAGGCCACCCAGGUCAAUGCCUGGGACCGAACGUUGAUUGAGAAUGGUGAGAAGAUUACUUCAUUGCACAGAGAAGCAGAGAAAGUGAAGCUGGAUCAGAAGAGGUUGGACCAGGAACUAGACUUCAUCCUUUCUCAGCAGAAGGAGCUGGAGGACCUGCUGACCCCUCUCGAAGAGUCCGUCAAAGAGCAGAGCGGGACCAUCUACCUGCAGCACGCCGACGAGGAGCGGGAGCGAACUUAUAAACUGGCAGAGAACAUAGAUGCCCAAUUAAAGCGCAUGGCACAGGACCUCAAGGACAUCAUCGAGCACCUGAACACGUCCGGGGGACCGGCUGACACCAGUGACCCUCUCCAACAGAUCUGCAAAAUUUUGAAUGCACACAUGGACUCCCUGCAGUGGAUUGAUCAGAAUUCAGCCUUGCUGCAGAGGAAAGUCGAGGAGGUGACCAAGGUCUGUGAGAGCCGCCGCAAGGAGCAGGAACGCAGUUUCCGGAUCACGUUCGAUUGAGCCACGCGAGAGAGUCUGUAGAUCGUCUGCUCUACAUCCAUUAUGUAAAAACUCCUCGGGGGCGGGAGGGAGAAAUAGUCACACCAGCAAUUAUCUAGUUUUGGGUUUUUGUUGUUUUUUUUUUAACAAUAAAGAGUUUAGGAUUUUUCCACUCUGAA